AUGAAAUUUAGGUCUAUCCAUAAGUUUCCCCCAGCCAACAUUGGAGACAGUGUGAGAGUCUCUUUACCGGAUGUCGACAGAGGACGAGCAGACCCAAGAAAUAUUAUAUUUGGAGUUGUGUCUAUUGAGGAUGGGCAAUAUUAUAAACUUGGCAAUAAAUAUGUUACUUUGCCACAGUUAUACACCAGAAAUCAAUUUGGUGUUUGUCCUGUGUCUUUAAUACCGCUUGAUGAGGUGGUGCAUGUAGAAAAAUCAUUGAGGGAAAUUUGCGAGUCAAAUGUCAGAUGGUGGUGGUCAAGGAUCAUUUUGUGCAAUUCAAAAUGUCAUGGAAGCAUGCCAUGUAAUAAUAAAGGAUAA